CCUACACCCCCGUUGACCUUAAUUCCCAUUAGAAACAAUAGCGUGUGAUCUGUCUUGACUCUUGAUGGAGCAGCUGAAGUCUUCCAUGACUGACACAUGGAAACUCUUUGCUCUUGGAAGCUUAUUUGGAUGGCUUGUUUUGCUCCUUUUUUUGCAACAAACAAACCACAAUAUUAACCUUUUAGCUAUUAGAAACCUUAUAGACCCUUCAAGUUUAAGCAUUAGCACCAUUGAACCAGAACACCCUAAUUUAAGCGAAAAACCGACAAACAAAAAGAAGAAAUGCAAUAUUUUUGAUGGAAAAUGGGUUUAUAAACCGGAUGGAAAUCCGAGUUAUGAUCCACUAAAAUGUCCAUUUGUUGAAGAGAAAAUGAGUUGCAAAAAGAAUGGAAGGCCAGAUCUCGCAUAUGAAAGAUGGAUAUGGGAGGCUACAGAUUGUGAGAUACCGGUGAUUAAUGGGACAUACAUGGCAGAAAAGUUAAGAAACAAGAGGGUGAUCUUAGUAGGAGACUCAUUAAACAGAAACAUGUGGGAGUCUCUUGCUUGCAUACUCUACUCCUCCAUUCCUUCAUCUAGAGCUAUUGUUUAUGACGAGAGUAGUGUCCCGGUCAUCACAUUGAAAGCAAAGGAUUAUAACUUCACGCUUGAAUUUUAUUGGAGUCCAUUUCUAGUUGAGUUUAACCUAAACCAUAAGGAAACCGGCAAAAAGGUGCUUGUUCUUGACAAGCUUUCACCUAAUUUCGAACGUUGGUCAGGGGCUGAUAUUAUGAUAUUCAACUCAGGCCAUUGGUGGGCUCAAACGGGAAAAUAUAAAAGGUAUGACUUCCUUGAAUACGAAGGAAAACUGAUAGAAGAUAUGGAAGUAGAGUUAGCAUAUGAACAAGGCAUGAAAACAUGGCGAAAAUGGAUCGAAGAAAACGUGGAUCCAAAGAAAACAAGUGUAUUUUUCAGGAGUAUAUCAACAGAACAUAAAUCAUCGAAACAAUGGUGCUAUAAUAAAACUCAACCUAUAAAGGAUGAGUCUUAUGUAUCGUAUUACCCAGAAUCACUGGUCCAAAUUAUAGAGAAGAUGGUCAAAGAGAUGAGCAAAUCACAAGUAAGGUACUUGAACAUUACAAAAUUGUCCGAGUAUAGAAUAGAUGCACAUCCAUCAAUGUACAGGUAUAAAGAUUGGAGAAACCUUACAAAAGUAUAUGCGGAUAUUUUACCCGCUCAUGCUGAUUGUAGUCAUUGGUGCCUUCCUGGAGUUCCCGAUACUUGGAAUAGAUUAUUGUAUGUUUCUCUUUUCUUUAAUCCAUAAUCAAACGUUUUGCUUUUAGAGAGA